CAGGGCGGAAGAAAACGGUCCAGAUCACAGUCCAUCUCCUCACCCUCUCCUACAGUCCGUCGUCUCUCCUCCCAGCUCCGUCUCAGUAUCACCCCGUUAUAAAUAGUGCUUGAUUCCUCACGCCCCCACAACCAGCGCUCUGUCUCCACCGCACUCUCCUCAAACACCCACCCCGACUCGACCUCAGCAAAGGCAAAGCGCAUCCAUGGAGUUCUACGUGGACGAGAAGUGGAAGUUCUCCAAGAAGAGCCGGAAUAACGGCAGCAGGCGCGUCCCGGGAGCCGGAGCCGGGGCCGGCGGCGACCCUUUCCUGAAGAGGUCGUCCAGCAUGAGGGACGUCCAGGCGAUCGGGCGGCCCGCCCGCGGCGGCGGCGCCGCUGCCGCGGGCGGGUGCACGCCGCAACCGUCGUUCUCGAGCCGGUGUGCGGGGCUGGUGAAGGAGCAGCGGGCGCGCUUCUACAUCAUGCGCCGCUGCGUCACCAUGCUCGUCUGCUGGAAGGACUGUUCGUAGCCCGGUAGCCACCGCCCGCCGGCAGGCGAAGCAGAUCGCUCCCUCGUCCUCCCCAGCUGCUUCUCUUCCAAGAUUAGACGGAGGACACGGAGGAGGCUAAUUAGGUGAUGUGUGUAUAGAUCAAUCUUAAUUAGGAAUCCUUUUCCACCUCCCAUUUCUGGGAUGUUUCUUGAUUACCAGUAGUGCUUAAGUAGCUGAUAGUGAUUAGUACAGUACUUAGUUCCUGCGAGCUAGAGCCUAGAUGUGGAAUUGUGGACAGUUUUGGGAUCUCCUUCUCAAGGAGAUGGGGAUCUGGGUUCUCUACAGCUGCGGAUGCUGCAAAGGAGCACACAAGAGUAGGGUAGGCAGCUGAAAGAAAUCUGGUGGAUCUUCUGUUGUACCACGAUGACCAGGGAGAAAAAGUUGUCACUACCGAUGUAUAGCUAAAGAAAUCAGACGCAACAUGUUAUGAUGUCACCACAAUUUUUUUUUA